AUGCAAGCAUUGCAAAUCGCUUCACAGAGUACUGAAGCCCUUGCGGAUGACCGAAGAGGCUCUCAAGAGUUGCACAUCGCGUCAUCAAACGAAUGCAAUGAUGGCUAUGGGGAAUACAAGCCGGUCGCGGCAGACGAUGGGCUCACAUCUCCAGCACAGUAUCCAAAGCGAAAGGUUGAACUCGCCACAAUACUCGCCGACUGCAUUGCAAUACUACUACCCCUCGGCCUGGUCGUUUUUGUGAUCUUGAUCUGGUCUUUGAAAAGCUCUCGGGUCAUUGCUGACUCUCAUGCUUCUUGGCAGAAUGCGAUCACGGUUGUGAGUUACUUUUCAUAG